AAAGUUUCUAACAAUGAGAAAUGAGGAGACAUGAGAAGAAGAUGAAGGAGAAACGGAGCGUCUCCAGGCUAGAUUACAUUGUAGUAAAACCCUGCUGAGCUGCUGUAAGACUGAACGCUAUCAGGACCGAGCAGGCAGCUGCCAAACCCACCGAAACACACACACACACACACACACACACACACACACAGAAAGCAGCUUUAGAUAUGACUCGCCCGCUGCGGCCGUUCGGUGUGUUGAACCUGCACUGACAGUUGGGAAUAACUGGUUCUUCAUCCUGUAUGAGAGAUGGAGUGACACCAAAGUGACGAUCUGAGCCCUGACAUCAUUACAGACGGAGCAGAAAAACGAGAGAUGCUGAAUGCUCCUCCAUCCUAUUUUGGAUCAUCCAACACCAGUGUGGUCCUCCAGACUUGAGAUUUGGCGUGACUGCUAUCAGGAUGUCAGUGAAGCUUCGGUUCAACUUCCCGUCAGAUGGAGGUCUGGUCCACAGAAGCUGCUCUUUCACAGGGUUCAGCUCGCUGAGUGGUCGACAACGGUCUUCCUCCGUACGUGGCUCUUUUCGCUCCAAAGCCAUGAUGGAUGGUAAAUCUCGCAGAUUGCACCUCUCUCCUCACAGAGGGUCAGCAGCUACCUGGUCAAAGCCGGAGCAGGUCGACAGGGUCUUCCAAGCACUUCGCAAUGGACUCAAUGAAUAUUUAGAGGUCCACCAGGCAGAAAUGGAGCUCCUGUCUUCACAGCAGAAAGAAACCAAGAGGAAUUCCAGACUGGCGUUUCUUUAUGAUCUGGAGAAGGAGAUUAAAGUGUUGGAGAGAUACAUACGGCGAUUAGAGUUUCAGAUCAGCAAGGUGGAGGAGUUGUAUGAGACCUACUGCAUUCAGUGGAAGCUGUGUCAAGGAGCAGUGAACAUGAAGAGAGCUUUCUCACUUUCUCCAUCUACCAGAGCUUCCAGAGAGAGUCUGCUGGAGCUCGGCCGCAAUCACCGCCACAGCCUCCAGGACAUGUCGACCAUGGAGGGAGAUUUAGAAAUCCUCCUCGGAGAGCUGCACAUCAAAAUGAAGGGACUGAUUGGUUUCGCUCGGCUCUGCCCUGGAGACCAAUACGAGGUGGUGGUGCGGCUGGGCCGGCAGCGAUGGAAAAUCAGAGGAAGGAUCGAGUCGGACGACACUCAGUCUUGGGGUGAAGAGGAGAUGGUCUUCCUCCCACACAUUUACCAUAACUUUGAAAUUAAGGUGACUGAGGCGAAGGGUCUGGGUUGGCUGCUGAUUGGCAUGGUAACGUGUGCUAGCGUGGACUUCUUUGUGGCGAGGCCGCAGCUGAUGUUGGUGGACAUCACAGAGCUGGGAACGAUCAAGCUGCAGCUGGAAGUCACCUGGAACCCGUUCGACGGCAGUGAGAAGAUGAGGCCGCUGUCCGUCAGCAAACAGUCGGGGUCGAGCAGGAAGGGUUCAAUCUACAGCUGGACAGCACCGAACACCCCCUCCUUCACAGAGAAAUACUUCACAUCGAUGGUCCGUGAGCUGCAGGAUCAGGAGGGUUCCCUCCCAUCUCUGGUGUCUAAAGGUCGUCCUAACAGAGGAGGUGCGUCCCUGCUCAGCUACCUGUCUGACCCUUCACACACCUCCGCAGAAUCAGGCCCUCAAAGUCCGUACAUCACCAGUCUUACUCGGGCUCACAGCUACCCCUCCACCAGCCUGGGAGGAAGUCGGACACAGCUUUUCUUUGGAGAGGAAGAGGAGCAGGAGGCGAGGCAGAGGUUCAAUGGGAAGGUUGACGAGGAGGAGUGGGGAGGUGUGUUGGAGACUUCAUCAGGAGAAACAACUAAAACUGCUUCUCUUGUGGCCUUACUGAGGUCUAGCACUCCAGACAUCCUUAGAAAGCACCCCUCAGGAGAACCCGACCCUGAGAUACAAAGAGCGACUGUGCAGCAGAGAGGUGAACAGGAGUCCCCUAACAAACCAACAGACAUUGAGACCCUCCCAUCCAUGCCAUCCACUCAGCCUCCAGUUGCCUCCCCAGCUUUAGCUCCACCAGCAGCUCCAACCUCAGGGAGACCCAGGGUGAGCAGUGCCCAGCGUCGAACCCAGUCCACCAGGCUGGGAGCCCUGAUGGCAGAGCUGGAGAAGUCAUUUCACAGUGAAAGCAGCACUGAUAAGGAGCUUAGAGUUUUGCAGCACCAGAUUCAGCACCUGGGUACCAUCCUGAAGAACGACCUCUCCCUGCUCAGAAGCUCAUCAGAGGAAACUCUGGUCGUCGAGGAAGUCCUGGGCAGCUUUGACUUCCUGUCAAAUGACUUUAAUGCAGAUGACGACACUUCCUGUUUGGGCAGCGUGAGGCUAAAAGACAGCGGCAUCAGUUCAUUCCAGCAGAGCACUCUGAAGAGUCUCGGCCCCCUGUCUAAAGACAGCCAGUCAGCUUCAGAGGAGGAGUUGGUCAUCGCCCCUCUGACUUCUGGGAACUGGGGUCUGGACCAGGCUCUGGAGACGCACCUGGACAUCUGCUGCAUCCUGCAGGAGAUGAUGAAAACAAGUGACUUCAGCCUUUCUCGAAGGGAGCUGCUGCAGGAGAUGUCCAACCAGACUGAGGUUCUGGCCAGAGUCAGCUGUCUGCUGCUGGAGAAGAGCAACAACAUCACACCAAGAGACAUCCUUCCCAAAGCCCAGAGAUCGAGAAGUAUCCUGCUGUUCUGGGAGGAGUGUGUGAACGACAGCAGCUCUCCUUUCUGCUGCAACGUGGAAAACUUUUCCAGGACACUGAAGAAACGCUACACUCAUAAGGUGAAAGCCAAGCAGCCUGGACAGUCAGAGAAAGUUUUUGCCCGACUCUUGCAGCAGCUGCAGUUGGUCUGCAGGCUGCUGCCCUGCCGUCGAUCCGUCUGCAGCCCAGAGAGAGUCACCCUCUUCCAGCUUUCCGUUUAUCUGAACCGCUGGAGCUUCCAGGAUCUGGGAGAGCACAUCUCCCGCUUGUCCAAAGAAGAGUACAUCCUGUCAUUACUGACCAGCCCUAAACGGAGGAGGGCUUUAAAUAAAUUGAGGGGGCAGAGCAUAUCAGAGCUCCUCCCACUGCGAUGCACACUGCAGACUCUCGCCGCCCUGCUGGUCGACUCCAAUCAUAAAGUCUGCAAAGCUGCAACCAACUGCAUCUAUAGAGCUGCUGGCUGCAAGUCCUUCAGAACCAAGGCGGUGGUUUUCUACACGGAGAGUCUGAGAAGCUCCGAUGUUCAGACCCAGCAGGGCUCCUGUCUGGCUCUGAAAUGUCUCAGGGCAACUGAGAGCGUGGACCACAUCGCGGAUCUGUGGAGAUCCAUGGAUGAAGAUCUAUGCAGCGUCGCCAAAGAAACCAUCUUGUCCUUUGGUAAAAAGGGAUACGAGGCCUUCCAGAGAAUGCAGCAGAUGUACGUUGAGAUGCAGGAGGAGGCUUACCAGAACCAAGAGACUGAGAUCACCAUUUUAUAGGAAACGAUUCAACUGAGUUUAGAGACGGAAUCAAAAUCAGGCUGAAGUCCGACUCGGAUAAACUUUACAAACCUGUCGGAAAACGAGGACAAAACUUUUUUCUUUAAUUAAUGAAAACCAGAGGAGGUAAAGGAAGAUCUGAUGCUUUACCUGCAGAGUUUUACCUGCAGAACUUGAAUUUAUUUUUGUCGGAAACUUGCCUUGUUUAAGAGAUUCUCUGUUGCAGAAACAAAUGCAGCUUUAAAUUCAUUUUACAUGGCUGGGAAAAAGAAUAGAUUUGUUUUAAUUAUAGCUGAUGUUUUUAGUUUGUGAUUAAGAUGCAUGAGUUAAAAUAUUUUGUGCAUAUUAAGCCCACAAGGACUGAAUAAAUCCAGAAUGGUGGUCCCAAA